UUUAUUUAAAUCAGAAAACAUCUAAAUAUGGUGCCCUCUGGAAGAAAACAUACAGGGAAAUCUGGGAAGACAUCAGUGGAGGAUCAGGUUGUAAGAGCCUAUGACUUUGAGAAGGAAGAUAAAAAAGAUCUGAGUGGUUCAGAGGAGGAUGUUACCGAAGGGAAAACUCCAGUAAUUGAGAAGCAUGGGAAGAAAAGGACUUCUGCAGCAGUGUUUGAAGAUAUGGGGGGUGAAGUACAAAAUAUGCUGGAAAGAUUUGGAGCUGACAUUAACAAGGCUCUUCUUGCCAAGAGAAAAAGACUGGAAUUAUAUACCAAAGCGUCUCUCAAAACUAGUAACCAGAAAAUUGAACAUGUCUGGAAAACCCAGCAAGAGCAAAGGCAGAAGCUUAACCAAGAAUAUUCUCAGCAAUUUCUGGCUUUGUUUCAGCAGUGGGAUAUAGAUGUGCAGAAAGCUGAGGAACAAGAAGAAAAACUAGCCAACAUGUUUCGACAGCAACAAAAGGUUUUUCAACAAUCUAGAAUUGUUCAGAGCCAGAGACUGAAAACAAUUAGACAGUUAUAUGAGCAGUUCAUAAAGAGUAUGGAGGACUUGGAGAAGAAUCACGAUAGUCUACUUACUGGUGCACAAAAUGAACUUAGAAAAGAAAUGGCUAUGUUGCAAAAAAAAAUUAUGAUGGAAACUCAGCAGCAAGAGAUGGCAAGUGUUCGAAAGUCUCUUCAGUCCAUGUUAUUCUGA